ACAAGGCAAAUCAAGAAUUGGUUUCACAAUAUCACACGACCCACUAUCAUCAUUUUCAUUAGAGAGCUGCGGCAUUAUUGGAACUUCAGGUGACGAUAUAUGCAUAUGCUCACGACUAUACACUCCCCAUGCAACAUCAUUGUUCCUUAUCGAAUCGAUUUCGCUGUUCUGAAAGACCAGGGAACGAAAGUAGGCGAUGUGAUGGUGGACGAGGUCGAGCUCGGUUUGAGUUUGGUCGAUCUGGUGCUGGAGGUGGCGGAUGAUGGUGUAGCAGCCACCGACAGGGUCGACUGCUCUAACAUCGGAUUCAAAGAUGAUGGUGCGCAUGGCCUCGUCCUUGUGGAAAGGGCUAAGAGGACGAAUGAUCUUGGAGAUAUUGCUGACACCGAACAGCUUGUGGGCGUUUUGGAAUUGGUGUUGGCGGUCGUGGGGGAAAUAGGGGGCGAGGAUGCAAUCAGGGGCGCACUUUCUGCGUUGGUGCUUACAAGCCGCGCAGGCCUGGGAGCCGCCACCGCCGGUGCUGUUGUUGUUGUUGUUGUUGGUCCUGGAGGACGAAACGACAAGGUGGUGAGGAGAUGGUGGUGGGGAGAUUUCAACUGCGUCUCCGAUGGGGAUGGAAAAAGGGGGGGUGGGGAAUUCAGAAUUUUCAACACUUUUGCUUCUUCUUCCCUUUUUUUCUCAACCUCAUGACAUGCAUGAACAAUAUUUCAUAAUUCUAUGCACUUACUCCGUUUUGUUUUGGACAACACCUGAGAAAACAAAAUAAUUUUAUAGUAGUUAAUCGUAAUUAAGAUUUCUAAUUUGUUGAAAUAACACAUUUUUAGAUACUUAAAAUGUUGGUCUUGCAUUUUUUAUUAACCUAGACAAUUUUCAUGCUCUAAUGUCCUUUAUUCUAAAUUGCAUCUUCAAUUCUAAAAUUUUACUAUCUUAUAUCAUAUUCUCAAAAAACUGGCAUUUGGAUGAAAUAUAAAUAAGGACACAAUUU